CUUCAGUUCUGUUCGUUAUGCUUCUGUCACACAGGCUGUGAAUUUAACCCGACUUAAUUGCAGGGGACUAUUGACUGCGCUGGCCGUAGACUUUUUUUCACAGUUUAUCACAAAAAGGAUCUAAACAUGUCUCACUCUCAGAGCAAAACGCUGGCCAAUCAACAUGGAGAGUCAGAGGCUUCAUCUCUACUGGCCCCAGCCGUCAACACCUCAGACUCCUCCGAUACAUCCUCCGAAACAACCUCAGACUCCGACUCAACAAUCUUAACAAAACUUCAAGACUUCUACUCCCGAAACAUCGGUCUAUUCUACGUCCUAGUCGCUCAGCUAUUCGCUUCAAUAAUGUCCAUGACAACGCGACUUCUCGAAACAGGUUUUGAAACAAAGUUUCACGCUUUGCAGAUCAUUUUUGUGAGAAUGCUGGCUACAGCGCUGAUUGGCUCUGUGUACAUGUGGUGUAAAAACGUGCCGAAUUUUCCGCUGGGGCCGAAGGAGGUUAGGGGUUUGUUGGUGCUGAGGGGGUUUGCGGGCUCAGCUGGGCUUUUUGGACUUUACUAUUCACUGUCGUAUCUUGAUAUUUCUGAUGCGACGGUCAUUACGUUCCUUGUCCCGACUCUUACUGCGUUUAUUGCAUGGGUUGCUCUACGCGAACCAUUCACUGUCAAAGAAGCCACUGCUGGGUUUAUCGCCUUCGCAGGCGUCCUCUUCGUCGCCCGCCCGGCCUUCCUCUUCCCCGAAAGCUGGCGAACAUUAUCGGAGUUGGAGUCUCGCGCUGUUGACUCGGACUUCACUACUGAUGGUGGUAUUUUACCACCGGUAAAGGCGACACCACAAGAACGCACCAUCGCUAUUCUCUGUGCCAUCUUCGGCUCCUUUGCAGCGGCGACGGCGUAUGCGACUAUUCGCGUGAUCGGAAAGCGGGCCCAUUCGCUUGUCAGUGUCAAUUACUUCGCUGUCCUUGCCACUGUCAGCUCGUUCCUCAUCAUCAUGAUUCACCCUGAUCUUCAAUUCGAGAUCCCAAAGACUGUCGCUGAAUGGUGUUUACUCCUCUCGAUCGGCAUCUCAGGCUUUUUGCUCCAGCUCCUCCUCACCGAGGGUCUUCAGAGGGAGAAGGCUGGUCGAGCCACCAAUCUAAUCUACGUCCAGAUGGUCUUCGCGCUCAUUAUCGAGCGAAUUGUCUGGGGAACUACACCUCCAAUCACCAGUUUCAUUGGCAGUGCUUUGAUCAUUGGUUCAGCUAUCUGGGUCAGCCUACAGAAGAAAGCUCCUGCUGAAGCAAGACCAGUCCUCGACGAGGAGAGAAGACAGCAAUAGUGUGAGGUGGCCCUAUCACCGGGUCUGUCAAUCGGAAGAUCUUACAGACUGCCGAAGGGAUCCAUGCUACAUGGAACAUACACGAAACCAAGACUGUGGAUCAGGUAUCCCGGAAGCUGCUGGAUCGCUAGCUGCGUGCUGGCGAUAUAGAUAAUUCAUGUACAAACUAAUUACAUUGCAUAUAUAGAAAAGUUUUAUUUGUCAAUUAAAAACAUUGUCCAGCCUCUCCUCUCAAGCUCGGAAUGCAUCUUUGAUAGCACUCAUAGUGGUUAGCUUGACUUCCUCGCCUUCGCAAUACAAGCCGGGCAAGUCUCCUUAUAAUUAUGUCGCUCCACG